GUUCUUUUAUUGUAAUUGGAGGUGGAUACGUGUUCGUCGUUUUGCAUUCUACCCAAGUUAUACGGUAAGAUUUCAAUGUUCCAGCUGGAUUCAGAUGAUUUACGGACUCACAUCGGUGUGAAUAGCUAGGGUUUUCCCUAUUUUUGUGGUAACUUUUUGUUCAUACGCAUGCAUUCCUCCAUGACGGGUCUCAUUUUUUAUAUCGUUAAUCAAAUUUUUGUACUCUGCAAAGAUUGGAUUGUACCCAGGCGUAUUGCCCUAUUUCGGUUUUCUUUCUAGCUGAACGUUGUGAUUGAUGGUUUGGUUGCUGUUACAAGAAACUGUCUACACUGACAUAGAGCGCUUUGAGUGACAUACAAUCAGAAAAAAUUAGGUUCUGGGAAGAACCAACAAAUGUCGCUGGGAGGACAUGGUCAUAGUCUACGUAUGAGGCAGAACCAUAGUUUGGAGUUGGGGCAGAUUCAAGAGCACAAGCUUGGAUUGGAGCAAGACCCUGAGAGUGAGAUAGGUUUAGAACAGAGCCAUGAGGGGAGCAAUGAACAUGCUUAUGAUGAAGUUGAGACGGAUGGGCUUGCAAUGGAGCAGAAGCCAGGGUGUGAAGGAAAUGAACAUUCUCUUGCUGGCGAGAACAAUGACGCAGGUAUAUCUGGUCAACAUGAGCAUGAUCUUGCAUAUCAUCAAGAACUUGAUGCGAAUAUGGACCUAGCAGUUGUUGAGGCCCAUGAAAUGGGAAUUGAUUCUACAGACGACAUGAUUCAAAAUAACCAGUUGAUACUUACUUCCAAUCAUGUCCUUCAGGCACGCACAUUUCCUGCCACUCCCGAUUUUGAGCUUUAUGUGGGGCAAGAAUUCCCUGAUGUUAAGAGCUGCCGAAGGGCCUUGCGUGAUACAGCUAUUGCUCUCCACUUUGAAAUGCAGACAAUAAAAUCCGACAAAACUCGCUUCACUGCUAAAUGUGCUACUGAAGGAUGCCCUUGGCGAAUUCAUGCUGCAAAACUUCCUGGUGUCCCCACCUUCACAAUCAGAACAAUCAAUGAGAACCAUACGUGUGGAGGAAUUUUCCAUCUUGGCCACCAGCAAGCCUCAGUUCAGUGGGUUGCCAGCUCUGUCGAACAACGCCUUCGGGAGAACCCCAACUACAAGCCAAAGGAAAUCCUUGAAGAAAUACACCGUGUUCACGGUAUCACUUUAUCGUACAAGCAAGCUUGGCGCGGAAAAGAGCGGAUAAUGGCUGCAAUGCGUGGUUCCUUCGAAGAAGGAUAUCGUCUUCUUCCACAGUACUGUCAACAGGUGAAACGUACAAAUCCUGGAAGUAUUGCCUCAGUUUACGUCGAUCCAGCUGAUAAUUGCUUCCAGCGACUGUUUAUAUCCUUUCAGGCAUCCAUCUAUGGUUUUCUGAAUGCUUGCCGUCCUGUCCUCGGUCUAGAUCGGACAUUCUUAAAGAGUAAAUACCUUGGCACUCUACUUUUGGCUACUGGUUUUGACGGGGAUGGAGGUCUGUUCCCUUUAGCUUUUGGUGUUGUUGAUGAGGAAAAUGAUGAUAAUUGGAUGUGGUUUCUUUUGGAACUUCAUGCCCUUCUUGAGAUCAACACAGAAAACAUGCCAAGGCUCACAAUUCUAUCAGAUAGGCAGAAAAGCAUUGUAGAUGGCGUUGAAGCUAACUUCCCUACCGCAUUCCAUGGUUUUUGCAUGCGUCACUUGAGUGAAAGUUUUCGUAAAGAGUUUAACAAUACAAUGCUUGUGAACUUACUAUGGGAAGCAGCUUAUGCACUUACAGUUAUUGAAUUUGAGGCAAAAAUUCUUGAGAUUGAGGAAAUAUCUCAAGAUGCUGCAUAUUGGAUCAGGCGUAUUCCACCACGUCUUUGGGCUACAGCUUACUUUGAGGGAACAAGGUUUGGGCAUUUAACUGCUAACAUAGUUGAGCAGCUCAACACCUGGAUUCUUGAGGCCUCUGGACUUCCAAUAAUUCAGAUGAUGGAAUGCAUAAGAAGACAACUAAUGACUUGGUUUAAUGAGCGUCGUGAAACUAGUAUGCAAUGGACAUCAAUUCUGGUGCCUACUGCAGAGAGGUGUGUUGCUGAGGCACUGGAACGUGCUCGCACAUUCACGGUUCAGAAAGCUAAUGAAGCAGAGUUUGAAGUAACUUCACAUGAAGGAAUCAGUAUCGUUGACAUUCGGAAUCGCUGCUGCCUUUGUCGGGGCUGGCAGCUUUAUGGCUUACCUUGCGCACAUGCUGUUGCAGCUCUACUUUCUUGUAGGCAGAAUGUCCAUCGGUUCACAGAGAGCUGCUUCACAGUUGCUACGUAUCGAAAGACGUAUUCUGAAACCAUACAUCCCAUUCCAGAUAAAUCAUUGUGGAAGGAGUUAACCGAGGUGGACCAUGAUGCUGUUAAAGCUAAUGAAGUUGUUAUUAAUCCUCCCAAGUCACUUCGCCCUCCUGGCCGUCCUAGAAAGAAAAGAGUUAGAGCAGAAGACCGUGGGCGGAUGAAGCGAAUUGUACAUUGUAGUCGCUGCAAUCAGACUGGACACUUCAGAACAACAUGUGCUGCCCCAAUUUGACCGCUUAUUACUAUGGGCAACAACAUUUGAGGACAGAUUUACCGGAAAUUUCUCAUCCAGUCCCAAUGUGCAAAGGUUUUUCUUAUAUCUCGGUUAAUUUAUACUCCGUAUUAGUUAGAUUAGCUGUUGUUAGUGCAAGUGUACUCUGCGAACUACGUGAUAAAGCUUGUUUUUCAAUCAACAGUCUGUUAUAUAUCAAUAUAUUACUUUUUCCGGA